AUGGACCUCCAGGCCCUUUUCGGUGAUGUCAAGUACUUCGUCAUGAUGGGCUCUCCUGCCCGUGCUGAGACCUUCGCUGAGGUCAUGGCCAACGCCUUUGUGGAGCAGGGUCUCCCAAAGCCUACUGUUAUGCGUCUUGGUAAGACAGAGCGUUACAGCAUGUUCAAGUGUGGGUCUGUGAUCUCCGUAUCUCACGGUAUGGGUGGUCCCUCUCUUCAUAUCCUCAUGAACGAAGUUGCCAAGCUCUGUAAUCAUGUUGGUAUCAUCGAUACCGUCAGGUGGAUCCGUCUUGGUACUUCUGGUGGCUGUGGUGUUGCUCCCGGAACCGUUGUAUGCACCACUCAGGCCAUCAAUGAUGAGAUCAAGCCCUGUUGGAGGACUGUGCAGCUCGGUAAGGUCUUCGAGAUCCCUACCGAUGUUCUCGAUAUGCAGUUUGUCGAUGAUAUCAUCGCCAGCGCCCCUGAGGAUAUUCCUGUUGUGAAGGGUAAGACCAUGGCUGCUGAUGAUUUCUUCGAGGGUCAGGGACGAACUGAUGGUGCUCUUACCCCUUGGUAUACUGAGGAGGAUAAGAUUAACUUCCUCCAUCGCCUACAUGAUGCUGGUGUCCGCAACAUCGAGAUGGAGAGUGUCGCCCUCAUGGGCUUCUGCCAGCGUGCCAAGAUCCCCGCUGCUUGCGUAUGUGUGACCUUGGUUAACAGGUUGGAGGGUGAUCAGAUUACCUCUACUAAGAGACAACUCGCCAAGUACAACGAGUACUCCAUUCGUGUGGUCAGCAACUUCAUUGCUACCACUCAGGCAAAGAUUGCCCAUUAA